AUGUGGCGAUAUUUCAGCAGCAGCUUUGCUUCUAGGAGUCUUUGUUUGCCUAUGGCACUUAGCGUGUUUUCGCACUAUAGUGCUGUACAUCUCGCAUUGAAUAUGUAUGUGGUGUUGUCUUUUACCAGUGUUACUGUGAACAAUUUUCUUGGACCUGAUCAGUUUUGGGCUCUAUUUCUUACUGCUGGUUUGGUCUCUUCUUUAUUUGGUAUUGCACAUAAAGCUGUGUUGAAGUCGUCAAUUCGAGCUGUUGGAGCGAGUGGUGCUAUUCUUGGUAUGCUUGGGUACACUUGUAUGAGAAUACCAGAUGCAAGGCUGAAAAUUCUUUUUAUUCCUGGUUUCGAUUUCUCCGCACAAUCAGCAAUCGUCGGCAUCCUCCUCUUUGACAUCGCUGGUCUUCUACUAAGGUUUCGUAUGUUUGACCAUGCUGCUCAUAUAGGAGGGACAUUAUUUGGAGUGUAA